CCGUACAAUCUUUAAUUUGCGCAGUGAGCGGCCGUGAGGGUAGUGAUGCUUCUGUACUUUCCAUGAAACUAUCUAAUCUACUUCGAUUACGUUUCGCCUACCGUCGCAAUGUUCAUGCAUGUGAGUCGCUAAGCGGGUCUUAUCAAGACCCUAGGCCUCGAGCUCGACGCGAGUACCGACAGCGCGACAUCCGUUAUGCCAAACGCCUAGGCCUAGCCCAAUCGUCAUCCAACACUACUCGUGGCAUAUAUUAUCUUAUCACCCUUCCUCCGAUAUCGCGAUCGCCUUUCUCACGAGUUUUAUCCGGAACGGAAGCAUGCACGCCAUCGCUUCAUACCUGCCGUCGAUCCACCGAAGAAGCUGCAGCCGUGGCUGAUCUUGGGAUAUGGAUACCAGAUUUGAAGGAGUUGGGGGAAUUGGGGGGGUCGCUGAUCCGUUUCUUCGCCGCUGCUGUCGAUUGUUAAGGAUCUUGUCGAUUCUGGUCAAAUCACUCGUCGUAACCCAGCUGAUCAGGCGAAUUGACUUUGAGUUUCACCGGUGCACCUCCCAGUCUCAAAUGGCGC